AUGGGUCCCAUUCCCAGGCAGUUCCUAAUAACCUUAUUCUUGCUUGCCUUUGCAUCACCGCACAGCUCGGCGACGCCACCACCGUCCGGCUACCGCUCCACGCUCACCCACGUCGACUCCAAAGGCGGCUUCAACAAGGCCAAGCUCAUGCGCCGAGCCGCUGACAGAAGCCGCCGCCGUGCAGCCACGAUGCAGCUAUCAGUCUAUUCCACAACAUCUACCAGCUCGGACACCCGUCCCACCAGGCUCUACUCGGGCCAAGCCGAGUACCUCAUGGAACUCGCCAUCGGGACGCCGCCGGUGCCAUUCGUCGCGCUCGCCGACACCGGCAGCGACCUGACCUGGACGCAGUGCGAGCCCUGCAAGCUGUGCUUCGCGCAGGACACGCCCAUCUACGACCGCAACGCCUCGUCGAGCUUCUCCCCGGUGACGUGCUCCAGCGACGCGUGCCUGCCCGUAUGGAGCCACAACUGCUUCGCCACCACGCCCUGCAAGUACCGCUACGUUUACGGCGACGGCGCCUACUCGGCCGGCGUCAUGGGCAUGGAGACGCUCACCUUCGGCUCUAGCUACGGCCAAGCACCGCCCGUCUCCGUCGGCGGCAUCGCGUUCGGCUGCGGCGUCGACAAUGGUGGGCUCUCGUACAACUCCACCGGCACGGUUGGUCUAGGCCGUGGGAGCCUGUCCCUCGUGGCGCAGCUCGGCGUCGGCAAGCUCUCCUACUGCCUCACAGACUUCUUCGACAUCAGCCUGGGUAGCCCAGUCCUGUUCGGCUCCCUCGCCGAGCUGGCCGACUCCAGCGGCGGCGCCGCCGUGCAGUCGACGCCGCUUGUGCAGAGCCCACAGAACCCCUCCUGGUACUACGUCUCCCUCGAAGGUAUAUCGCUCGGCGACGCUCUCCUGCCGAUCCAGAACGGCACCUUCGACCUGCGCGCCGACGGCACCGGGGGGAUGAUCGUGGACUCCGGCACCAUCUUUACUUCCCUCGUCGAGAGUGCUUUCAGGGUGGUCGUGGACCGCGUGGCCGACGUGCUCGGCCAGCCGGUGGCGAACGCCUCAAGCCUGGACAGCCCUUGUUUUCCGGCUCCGGCCGGUGCGUGGCAGCUCCCGGACAUGCCUGAUAUGGUUCUGCACUUCGCCAGCGGUGCGGAUAUGAGGCUGCACAGGGACAACUACAUGUACUUUGACCAAGAGGAGUCGUCGUUCUGCUUGACCUUUGCUGGGAGUCCUGGGCCGGCGUCGACUUCCGUGCUGGGGAAUUUCCAGCAGCAGAAUAUACAGAUGCUGUUUGACAUCACCGUAGGGCAGUUGUCGUUCGUGCCCACCGACUGCAGUAAGCUCUGA